UUUGCAGCCAGGUGGAAUUCUUGGAGCUGGUUUGUUCGUGCUGUCUGGUCCGCCUACCUUUCUCCAUCGACGAGCCGGUGGCCUUGCCUCCCACUUGCAUGAAGCUCCUGGAAGCUUUGGCCUGACUGCCUCUUGGUCCUGCGUCCCCACACACGGCCCUACUUCUCCCAGAGCCGUGACAGCAGGGCAGAGCCGGUGACCUGCAGGCGACCCCCACCGGAGGUUGUGUAGUUGCGGGAGGCGGAGACCGGGCGGGCUGUGGGUCCUCCACCCCCAGAAGCCUGCGGUUCUCCGGGCCCGCCCAGCAGACCCCGAAGGCAGACUGAUCUUCAGCAUCCACGUGGUCACCUCCAGGAGCAGCGGGAGCCUCACCGAGGUCAGAGCAGCGCUGCGCCUCUCCACGCCGCAGCCUGCACGAUGCUGCCGCUGAACCCGAAGAUGAAGUCCAACCCGCUGCAGAAAGCGAACCUCUGCUCGCGCCUGUUCUUCUGGUGGCUAAACCCCUUGUUUAAAAUUGGUCACAAACGGAAACUGGAAAAAGAUGACAUGUACCCGGUGCUUCCAGAAGAUCGCUCCCAGCACCUUGGAGAAGAGCUGCAAGGGUACUGGGAUCAGGAAGUGUUGAGAGCCCAGAAAGAUGCACGGGAGCCUUCUUUAAUGAAAGCGAUCAUAAACUGUUAUGGGAAAUCCUACUUAGUUUUGGGAAUGUUAACAUGUCUUGAGGAAGGCACCAGGGUAGUUCAACCCAUAUUUUUGGGGAAAAUGAUUAGCUAUGUUGAAAAGUACCAUCUUUCCGAUUCUGCCGCUUUGCACGAAGCCUACGGCUACGCGGCAGCGCUGAGCGCCUGCGUGCUCAUGUGGGCCGUUCUGCACCACUUGUGCUUCUACCGCAUGCAGCGCGUGGGGAUGAGGCUGAGAGUAGCCGUGUGCCGUAUGAUCUACCGCAAGCUUCGCCUGAGUAGCUCAGCCAUGGGGAAGACCACCACCGGCCAGAUGGUCAACCUGCUGUCCAACGAUGUGAACAGGUUUGACCAGGUAACACCGUUCUUGCACUAUCUGUGUGUGGGGCCACUGCAGGCUAUCGCAGUGACUGCCCUGCUCUGGAUGGAAAUAGGAAUGUCGUGUCUUGCUGGGAUGGCAGUUCUCAUUAUUCUUCUGCUUUUGCAAAGCUGCUUCGGGAUGUUGUUUUCAUCACUCCGGAGUAAGACCGCAGCUCUCACAGAUGACAGGAUCAGGACCAUGAGUGAAGUCAUAACUGGCAUCAGAACAAUAAAAAUGAAUGCUUGGGAAAAGUCAUUUAUAGACCUUAUUACCAGACUGAGAAGAAAGGAAAUUUCCAAGAUUCUGAGAAGUUCCUACCUUAGGGGCAUGAAUUUGACAACAUUUUUCGCUGUGAGCAAAAUCAUGAUUUUUGUCACCUUCAUCGCCAAUGAACUCCUUGACAACCUGAUCACAGCCAGCCAAGUGUUUGUGGUGGUGACGCUGUUCGAGGCUCUGCGGUUCUCGAGCACCCUCUACUUCCCCAUGGCCAUCGAGAGGGUGUCAGAGGCUGUUGUCAGCAUCCGAAGAAUCAAGAACUUUCUGUUACUUGAUGAGACGUCACAGUGCUACCCUCAGCUGCCAUCAGAUGGUAGAACGAUCGUGGAUGUGCAGGCAUUUACUGCUUUUGGGGAAAAGGCAUCAGAGACCCCAACCCUACAAGACCUUUCCUUUACUGUCAGACCUGGUGAACUGUUAGCUGUGGUUGGACCUGUGGGCGCAGGAAAGUCGUCACUGUUACGUGCUCUGCUGGGGGAGCUGCCCCCGAGCCAGGGGCAGGUCCACGUGCACGGGAGGGUCGCGUAUGUGCCUCAGCAGCCCUGGUUGUUUCCAGGAACUGUGAAGAGUAAUAUUUUAUUUGGGAAGAAAAUAUCUGAGAAUAUACAGGUUACACUACCUCUAGAGGACCACUUGGAAGGAAAAGUUGGUUUUAAGACCUAUAAGAAUUACUUCACAGGUGGUUCUGACUGGCUUGUCAUCAUCUUCCUUAUUCUAGUAAACAUCGCAGCUCAGGUUGCCUAUGUCCUGCAGGAUUGGUGGCUUGCAUUCUGGGCGAAUGUACAAAGUGACCUGUAUUCUGGGGCAUUAGUCAAAGAAGAUGAAUUUAUAGUGUUGGUUCUGAACUGGUACUUAGGAGUUUAUUCAGGGUUAACUGUGUCUACUGUCCUUUUUGGCAUCACAAAGUCUCUGUUGAUAUUCUACAUCCUUGUUAAUUCUUCACUAACUUUGCACAACAAAAUGUUGGAGACCAUUUUAAGAGCUCCAGUAUUGUUCUUCCAUAGAAAUCCAAUAGGAAGAAUUUUAAAUCGUUUCUCCAAAGACAUUGGGCAUAUGGAUGACUUGCUGCCUCUGAUAUUUCAAGAUUUCAUCCAGGCAUUUCUACUUGUGAUUGGUGUGGUGGGCGUGAUGGUGGCUGCAGUUCCUUGGAUUGCUAUACCUGUGAUUCCCCUUGGCAUUGUUUUCUUUUUUCUUCGGCAAUAUUUCUUAGAGACGUCACGAGAUGUGAAACGCCUGGAAUGUACAACUCGGAGCCCAAUAUUUUCCCACUUAGCAUCUUCUCUCCGGGGACUCUGGACCAUCCGGGCGUACAAAGCUGAACAGAAGUUUCAGGAGCUGUUUGAUGCACACCAGGAUUUGCACUCAGAGGCUUGGUUCCUGCUUUUGAUGACGUCCCGAUGGCUCGCUGUGUAUCUGGAUGUCACCUGUGCCAUCUUUGUCACCCUUGUUGCCUUUGGGGCCCUGAUUCUGGCAGAAACUUUGGAUCUUGGGCGGGUUGGCCUGGUCCUGUCUCUCACGCUCACACUCACGGGGAUGUUCCAGUGGUGCAUCAGGCAAAGUGCCGAAGUUGAGAACAUGAUGAUUUCAGUAGAAAGGGGGAUUGAAUAUACAGGUCUUGAGAAAGAAGCACCCUGGGAACUUGAGUAUCAUCCACCACCAUUCUGGCCCCCAAACGGAAGGAUUUCCUUUUCCAGUGUGAACUUCAGAUAUAACUCGGACAGUCCUCUGGUAUUGAGGAAACUGGAAACAUGUAUUUACUCAAGAGAAAAGUAUGGCAUCGUGGGAAGAACAGGAGCUGGAAAAAGUUCCCUCAUUGCUGCCCUUUUUAGAUUGUCAGAACCUGAAGGUGGCAUUUACAUUGAUGACAUCUUGACAACGUAUAUUGGACUGCACGAUUUAAGGAAGAAAAUGUCAGUUGCACCUCAGGAACCUGUUUUAUUCACUGGAAGAAUGAGGAACAAUCUGGAUCCUUUUAAUGAACAUACAGAUGAGGAACUGUGGAAUGUCUUAGAAUAGGUGCAACUUAAAGACACGUUUGAACAUCUUCCUGGUAAAAUGAACACUGAAUUAGCAGAAUCUGGAUUGAACUUGAGUGUUGGACAGAGACAACUGGUGUGUCUUGCCAGGGCUAUUCUAAAGAAACGUCAGAUAUUUAUUUUUGACAAAGCCACAUCAAACGUGGAUCCAAGUACUGAUAAGUUAAUACAAAGAAAAAUUCAUGAGAAAUUUGCCCAGUGCACUGUGAUAACCAUCACACACAGGUUGAGCAAUGUCAUUGACUGUGAAUGGAUAUUGGUUUUGGAUUCAGGAAUAUAUAGAGAAGCUGGAGAGCCACAUAAUUUGCUGCAGAAUGAAAACAGCCUAUUUUACAAGAUGGUGCAACAACUGGGUCAAGCUCAGGUCACUGCCCUCACUGAAAGGGCGAAAUAGGUGUAUUUCCAAAGGAGAUAGCCAGAUGUUACUCACAGUAACCUUGUGGUUAUGAAUAUUUCCAGUGGACAGCCCUCAGCCUGAACAAUUUUUGAGUCAACACUGUGACUCUCCCAUGAGUUCAUGCCUAUUCCAAAGGCUUUUUUCCAAUAGGUUUUGCACUGCAUAAACUAUAUUCUACUUUUUUUACACCAGAAACAAAUAUUUACACUUUAUGUUACUUCUCCAACUUCACUCAAUGAUUUCAAGUUCUUGAAAAAGGAUUUAUUAUAUUUAUUUAUAUGUUAUAAUGUUUUCUUUCUUAUGCAAAUGAAAGGCACUGCUGCUGCUGCUGCUGCUAAGUCACUU